CCUGAGGCGUAAAUAUUGGGUUAUCAACGAGCUACGAGCCUAAUGGAGACUUGUUUGUGGAAAACUUCAAAACGUUGGGAAAAGACUUUCAACUUCAGUUCGGGAAGUAAACACUAUUCUGUCGAACUAAUUCGUAUAAAGCGAUUCUGUGGCGAAGAAUUUCGUAUAUUCACAAACGGACUGCAGAUUAAUCGCGCAACAUAUAAGCGUCUUAAUGGCUUAGCUGUGUGCAGUAGGAGCGAACAAUAUGCUUGGAAGUUUGAUGGUCGUUCUUUUCUGUUGAUGAUUGUACCUGGAACAUGGUCGAUGACAGAGUAUCAUUUGCUGAUCGACGGUUUUCAGAUAGACAGGGAUCUCACUCCAUCAGAACUGUGGAGAAAACGACGAUGGAUUCUUCUUUAUUUUGGUCUCAUCGAGGUGUUGAUAGGAGUUUCAUUGGAAUCGUUACGAUACUUUGAAGACACUGUGCCUUCGCCAUAUGUUGUUUUAUGGGAGCUGCUUGGCCGCGUGUUAUUAAUAUUUGGCUUGUUAAAGAUUGUGGAGGGUUUAACCUCACAUGUGGUGAGACAUUCUAAUCGUUAUGGACCGGUUUACACAGUCUAGGGAAACUUCAAACCACAUAUUACUAAUUUACCACAUUUUCAUCCAGAAAAAGGUGGAGUAAAAAAUAUCCAGCUCAACAAAUCAUGAACCUGAUCAAACUCCAAGCGAUUGCGUCGUUAUUCGUUGUAAAAUGUUGAAUCGAAGAUGUAUUAAAAUAUGAUCUCUGUUUUCA